AUAUUAAUGUCCAGAGCUAGUAAUUAUUAUAUAAUGGCUCUUAUACAUCUUUUUUUGUUGGCGAACCAUCUACCAACAGUGUUGGAUGCUCUAAUUUUUGAUAUAUGCGGUGAGCAUUCGGAUCGAGAAAGAGCCAUUUUAAUGAUGAAAUUAAGUGUACCACAAAAUAUUGCCUCAGCAGUUGGACCUUACCUUGCACUCCAGGUGUUUUUCCUAAUAAGUGCAAAUGCGCAUAUGUCGCUACUUAUGUGUGGAUUAUUGCAUCUUAUCCUUAUUUUACCGAUACUUUUCUUCUUUAUACCGCCAAGAGAUAAUCAAAGUCGAACUGCCUCAUAUUUACCAUCUAUAAAUGAUUAUAUGGAAAUGGUAAAUGAUCAUAAUAUUCGAUGGUGCUUAAUAUUUUUAAUGCUAGUUGCAGCGCCUUACUCAGCAUAUGAUCAAAUUCUGCGAUUACGUCUCUCAACAUUUAUGCUUUUCGAUAUCUCUGAAAUGGGAAAGCUGGCACUUAUUUCUGGUAUUUGCGCUUUAUUAGGAAAUUUUUGUAUUUUACCACUAAUGCAAACACGUUUCGGUCCACAGACACUAAUAAAAUUAUCAUUCACUAUCUUAUUUAUUGGUUAUAUUUUUCUUAGCCGAGUCAGUGAUUACAGUUUUAUACUUAUUGGAAUGCCGAUACAAAUGGUAGCUGUUUGUACAGCGAGUGGACAAUUAGCAACACAAAUAUUUGCACAUGUCGCAAGACGAAAUAUGGGUAAGGCAGCAGCACUUAAUCGUGCAACACAACUUCUUGCUUCAGUAUUUGCACCGCUUCUAUCGAGUUUUUUAAUGAGUGCACGAGAGACGACAACCACAAUUUGUUAUGUAUGUGCUGCAAUCAGUCUUCUCGCAAUUUUAUUAGUUCAUUAUUAUGGUUCAUUUAUGAAAAUACAUCCACAGUAUUUACCUACACAACUUUACAAUGAAAAAACAACGUAA